AUGUUGGCUGCUAGAAACUCGUGCCAAAAGGCCGCUAAGCGUCUUGUGCGUUUCCAAUCCACCUCUCCUAACGGUCCAGUCAUCGGUAUUGACUUGGGUACCACCAACUCUGCCGUUGCCGUUAUGGAAGGUAAGGUCCCAAAGAUUAUCGAGAACUCUGAGGGUGGUAGAACCACUCCUUCUAUCGUUGCCUUCACCAAGGAGGGCGAGAGAUUGGUUGGUAUUCCAGCCAAGCGUCAAGCUGUUGUUAACCCAGAGAACACCUUGUUUGCCACCAAGAGAUUGAUUGGUAGAAGAUUCGAGGACAAGGAGGUCCAAAGAGACUUGAGCGAGGUGCCAUACAAGAUUGUCAAGCACGGUAACGGUGAUGCUUGGAUCGAGGCCAGAGGCAAGUCCUACUCUCCUCCCCAAAUCGGUGGUUUCAUCUUGAACAAGAUGAAGGAGACUGCUGAGGCUUACAUGAACAAGCCAGUCAACAACGCUGUUGUCACUUGUCCUGCUUACUUCAACGACGCUCAACGUCAAGCCACCAAGGAUGCCGGUAAGAUUGUUGGUUUGAACGUCUUGAGAGUUGUCAACGAGCCAACUGCUGCUGCUUUGGCCUACGGUUUGGAGAAGAACGACGGUCAAGUCGUUGCUGUCUUCGACUUGGGUGGAGGUACUUUCGAUAUCUCUGUCCUUGACAUUGGUGCUGGUGUCUUCGAGGUCAAGUCUACCAACGGUGACACCCACUUGGGUGGUGAGGACUUUGACAUUGCUGUUGUCAGAAACAUCGUCGAGAACUUCAAGAAGGAGUCCGGCAUUGACUUGUCCAAGGACAGAAUGGCCAUCCAAAGAAUCAGAGAGGCUGCUGAGAAGGCUAAGAUUGAGUUGUCUUCUACCGUCUCUACCGAGGUCAACUUGCCAUUUAUCACUGCUGACGCCUCCGGUCCAAAGCACAUUAACCAAAAGAUCACCAGAGCUCAAUUCGAGGCUCUCGUUGAGCCAUUGAUCAAGAAGACCAUUGACCCAUGUAAGAAGGCCUUGAAGGAUGCUGGUUUGAGCACUUCCGACAUUUCCGAGGUUAUCUUGGUCGGUGGUAUGUCCAGAAUGCCAAAGGUUGUUGAGACCGUCAAGUCCUUGUUCGGUAAGGAGCCAUCUAAGGCUGUUAACCCAGAUGAGGCUGUUGCCAUGGGUGCUGCUAUUCAAGGUGGUAUCUUGGCCGGUGAGGUUAAGGAUGUCGUUCUUUUGGAUGUCACUCCAUUGUCUCUCGGUAUUGAGACCAUGGGUGGUGUUUUCGCUAGAUUGAUCUCUAGAAACACUACUAUUCCAGCUAAGAAGUCCCAAGUCUUCUCCACUGCUGCUGCUGGUCAAACCUCCGUCGAGAUCAGAGUCUUCCAAGGUGAGAGAGAGUUGGUCAGAGACAACAAGUUGAUCGGUAACUUCACCUUGUCUGGUAUUCCACCUGCUCCAAAGGGUGUUCCUCAAAUUGAGGUCACCUUCGACAUUGACACCGAUGGUAUCAUCAAGGUCUCUGCCCGUGACCAAGCCACCAACAAGGAUGCUUCCAUCACCGUUGCUGGUUCUUCCGGUUUGUCUGAUGCUGAGAUCGAGAAGAUGGUUUCCGACGCCGAGAAGUUCGCUGAGAGCGACAAGGCUAAGAGAGAGUCCAUUGAGAACGCCAACAGAGCCGACCAAAUGUGUAACGACACUGAGGCUUCUUUGACUGAGUUCAAGGACAAGGUUGAGCAAGCUGAGGCUGACCAGAUCAGAGAGAAGAUCGCCGCUUUGAGAGAGAUCACCACCAAGGCUCAAGCCGGUGAGGAGGUUGACCCUGUUGAGUUGAAGACCAAGACCGAGGAGUUGCAAGCCGACUCUUUGAAGGUUUUCGAGAAGAUGUACAAGAACAACUCUGGUAACAGUGGUGAGGAGCCAAAGAACUAA